GCGGCGGGGGUGCUGGGCUAAUGUUGGGGGCAAACUCAGGUCUUCAAGUGUUUUACCUUUUAUUUUGGUUUCAGUACAAUAGUGAAAUUCCUCUGCAACUGGUUUACUUGUUCGUAGUUGAGUUUAGAAGAUCCUACUCAGGCAACGAGAAUGGCAGACAAUGUUACAUUACUUGGACAAGAUCAUCAAAAUAAUAAUCCCAGCCCAAAUGUGAUGCAAAUGCUCCUCGAACGGUUUGAACGUCUUCCAGAAUUGGACAGAACAUUUUUUGCCUAUGGACCUUUCUACCUUGGGAUAAAUUCAGCAUUUGGUGGUUUAAUUGCCAACAGUUUCUUUCGGAGAGUCCUCAAUAUUGCACAGGCUCGUUUUACAUCUAGUUUGCCUAUGGCAGUCCUUCCAUUCCUGUCAACUGUAGCAGGGUAUAAUGCUGUUGUAUCAAAACCUUUGCUUUCAGGUGAUCUAAACUGUCCCACAUGUGCUCUAGUUAGAGGAGGAUUGGUGGCUUCUCUUGGUGGAGGCUUGUAUCCUAUUCUCUUGGCCUUGCCUAUAAAUGCUGGACUUGCAACAAGGUACAAUACAAGCCCAAUGCCAGAAAAAGGAAAUAUAAUAAGAUUCUGGAUUGCUGUUUGUCAGCCGGUUAUGAGGAAAUUAAGCUUUGUGAUAAUCCUUCAAGCUCUCUUUGGAGUCUACCUAAGUUCCAAGCACUAUGCAAUUUACCUGAAGAUGCUCAAACUUCCUCCAUCCCACAACGAUUCUGAACAUUAAAGGAAAAAAAUAUUUAACUUCUUGAA